UGAACCGGUUUUACUCUAGUAACUACAAUAUGUCAGGUCGGGGCAAGGGCGGGAAGGGCCUGGGCAAGGGCGGCGCCAAGCGCCAUCGCAAAGUCCUGCGCGACAACAUCCAGGGCAUCACCAAGCCCGCCAUCCGGCGCCUGGCCCGGCGCGGCGGCGUCAAGCGCAUCUCCGGCCUCAUCUACGAGGAGACCCGCGGAGUGCUGAAGGUCUUCCUGGAGAACGUGAUCCGCGACGCCGUCACCUACACGGAGCACGCCAAGCGCAAGACGGUCACGGCCAUGGACGUGGUCUACGCGCUCAAGCGACAGGGCCGCACGCUCUACGGCUUCGGCGGCUGAUGCGUUCGCACCGCUGUCCUCCCACAAAGGCCCUUUUCAGGGCCACCCAUGUUCUCUCUAGUAAAAGAUCUGGCACUCGUGAUUGAA